AUGACUCCAGAAAAGGACAGUAAUAGUCUUGACCCCUAUACAUUUGGACUUGAAGGGCGCUUUUGUGAUCUACCUGACACAAAAAAUGGAGAAGAAAUGGAGGGAGACAACAACAAGCUAGCAUACUGUGUGACGGAUGUACCUCCCUGGUACCUGUGCAUCGUCCUAGGCAUCCAGCACUGUUUGACUGCAUUUGGAGGUAUCAUCGCCAUCCCGUUAAUCUUGUCUUCGGGGUUGUGUCUGCAGUUUGAUGGCCUCACACAAAGCCACCUCAUCAGCACCAUCUUCUUCGUCUCUGGCGUAUGCACUCUGUUGCAAGUUACUUUCGGCAUUAGACUGCCCAUUCUCCAAGGGGGUACAUUCACAUUGCUGGCACCAUCCAUGGCAAUGCUGUCCAUGCCAGAGUGGACAUGUCCAGCUUGGACCCAAAAUGCCAGCCUAGUCAACACCUCCUCCACAGACUUCAUAGAGGUGUGGCAGAGUCGAAUGAGAGCACUGCAGGGGUCCAUUAUGGUGGGCUCACUCUUCCAGGUGUUUGUUGGUUUCUCUGGCCUCAUCGGCCUCUUCGUGCGCUUCAUUGGACCUCUCACCAUCGCUCCCACCAUUGCUCUCAUUGGACUGUCUCUGUUUGACUCAGCUGGUACCAGUGCUGGCAAACACUGGGGCAUCUCUAGCAUGACCACAGCACUGAUCAUCCUAUUCUCCCAGUACCUCCGUCACAUAUCUGUGCCCUUUCCUACGUACAGCAAAGAGAAAAAGCUGCACACCUCCCGUGUCUACGUCUUUCAGAUUCUCCCAGUUCUGCUUGGAAUCACUCUGUCUUGGCUCAUCUGCUACAUUUUGACAGUCUCCAAUGUUCUUCCUGCUGAACCAGACCGGUAUGGCUACCUGGCCCGCACUGAUCUAAAGGGAGAUAUUGUGAGCCAAGCUCCUUGGUUCAGUUUUCCGUACCCAGGUCAGUGGGGGAUGCCGACUGUGAGCCUGGCAGGGGUGGUUGGCAUCUUGGCUGGUGUGAUUUCCUCCAUGAUAGAGUCUGUAGGGGACUACCACGCUUGUGCCAGGCUGUCGGGGGCUCCACCUCCCCCUAAACAUGCUAUCAACAGGGGUAUUGGCAUCGAGGGACUGGGCUGUCUGUUGGCGGGAGCCUGGGGUACAGGAAAUGGUACCACUUCCUACAGCGAGAAUGUUGGAGCCCUCGGUAUAACAAAGGUUGGCAGUCGCAUGGUGAUAGUAGCCAGCGGAGUCCUGAUGGUUGUCAUGGGUGUGUUUGGUAAAGUGGGCGCCAUAUUCACCACUAUCCCAUCACCCGUGGUGGGAGGGAUGUUCAUGGUUAUGUUUGGCGUCAUCUCUGCAGCAGGAGUUUCUAAUCUGCAGUAUGCGGAUAUGAAUUCUUCUCGAAACAUCUUCAUUUUUGGCUUCUCCAUGUUCUCUGGUCUGGUCAUUCCUAACUGGAUUUUUAAGAACCCCACAGCCAUUUCUACAGGUGUUGCUGAAGUCGACCAGGUGCUGCAAGUACUUCUGACAACCAGUAUGUUUGUAGGAGGUUUCUUUGGCUUCAUACUGGACAACACAAUUCCAGGAUCAAAGCAUGAACGAGGCAUCCUGGCCUGGAACAAGGCUCACGAGGAUGACUGCAGCAACACGCUGGAGAGCGGAGAAGUCUACGACCUUCCCUUUGGCAUCAGCUCAUACUUGUCUUCUUCCUCCUGGCUGCGGUACAUACCUUUCUGCCCUCCUGGUGAGUCCAGCUCCCUGGAUGGAUGCACAGCAGAUACUAAUGCCCUGGAGCCUAAGCAGCCACUCGGACAUCCAGAACCUUCACAGAUCAUUAUUGGAGUUGCUCUGUGA